AUGGCUUGGUACAUCGAAGAACAGGAAAAGGUCUACUUGGAUUACAAUGCAACUACACCGAUCGAUAAAGAUGUUGAGCGGUCUAUAAUGAAUGCAUUCCAAAUUUGGGGUAAUCCAAGCAGUAAUAAUGAACUCGGGAAAAAAGCGAAGGAUGUAAUUGAGGAAGCGCGAGAAAACAUCGCCAGACUGUUGUAUGUUUCUGCAAAAGAAAUAUUUUUCACAUCAGGUGGAACUGAGACCAAUAGCUGGGUGAUAUAUAACUGUAUUGAACAUCGGAAAACACUCUGGGGACGAGACUACAAACCACACAUUAUGGCCUCCAUCAUUGAACAUCCAUCGGUUCUGGAACCCCUGCGUGACCUGAAAAAGAAACAAGAAAUCGACCUGACUGAAAUCGAUAUUGACAUGGUAACUGGUCGAGUACAAUUAGAUGGUCUGGAAGAAGCAUUUUGUGACCGAACUUGUUUGGUGUCAGUGAUGACGGCGAACAACGAAACGGGUGUUAUACAACCUGUUGCUGCGGUUGCUGAAAUUGCCAGAAAAUGUGAAAACAAAUUUAAAAGUCGAAUAUUUGUGCACAGUGAUGCAUCCCAAGCUAUUGGUAAGGUUGAUGUCAAUAUAAACGCAUUGAAUGUCGAUUUUGUAACUGUUACGGGGCAUAAAUUUUAUGGUCCACGAAUUGGAGCGUUGGUAAUAAAAGCUGAAAGCAAAGUACCUCUGGAGGCAAUGUUUCUUGGCGGUGGUCAAGAACGAAGCAAGCGGGCGGGCACAGAAAAUACACCAAUGAUCGUCGGUUUAGGAAAGGCAGCACAAGUGGCAUUGCGUGGUCUUGAAGAAUAUUCAGGACAUAUGCAGAAAAUAAGAGAUUACUUCGAAGAACAACUCAAAGAAGCGCUUAAUGAUACGAUUGUGAUUAAUUUCGAAACAUCAGAACGUCUGCCAAAUACCAGCAGUGUGGCAUUUGUGAAAUACUCAGGGGAUGCUUCCGAACUGCUCUCUAACUGUAAAUCAUUUAUUGCUAGCACCGGAGCUGCUUGUCAUGCAGCCACUCAACGAUGUUCUCAAGUACUAACGGCAUGUGGGAUUCGUGAGGAGUUUGCACUUCGGACAGUAAGAUUUAGUUUCGGCAGAAAUUCAACAUGCGAUGAAGUGGAUCGAGUGGUGAAUGAACUAAAGGCGAUCAUGUUUAUGGAUAGAUAUGGCAGUUCGCUGUUAAAUGUCAUCAACAAAGGACCCAUAUCGGAUUUUUGA